CGGCAAUUUAGAAAUCCUGGCCAGGAUAUUUUCAAAGAGGACGUAUGAUCAACUUAAAUUACAUUUGUUUUAAGAUGCCAGCUCACCCGCGUGAUAGAAAAGAGAAUAACCACGAAGAAAUGGACGUGGACUAUCCCGAACAAGAGGCCAGCAGCUCCGAGGAAGAGGACUCCGUGAGCUCGAGCGUGUCUGAGGAUGGAGACACUUCAGACAUGGAUGAUGAAGACUGUGAAAGAAGGCGAAUGGAGUGUUUAGAUGAGAUGACAAAUCUUGAGAAGCAGUUCACAGACCUGAAGGAUCAUUUGUAUAAGGAGAGGCUGACUCAGGUGGAUCUCAAAUUGCAAGAAGUGAUAGCUGGCAGUGCUCUGGAAUACCUCGAACCCCUGGCCACCCUGCAGGAGAACAUGCAGAUCCGAACCAAAGUCGCAGGGAUCUAUCGUGAGCUCUGCUUGGAAUCUGUAAGAAACAAAUACGACUGUGAGAUGCAAGCAGCCAGCCAGCAUUGGGAGAGUGAGAAGCUCCUGCUUUUCGACACGGUUCAGAGUGAACUGGAAGAGAAGAUCAGACGACUGGAGGAGGACAGACACAGUAUAGAUAUAACUUCAGAACUGUGGAAUGAUGGUCUGCAGUCUAAGAAGAAUAAAAAGAAGGAUCCCCUCAGUCCUAGAAAGAAGAAGAAGAAACCUGUCGUUGUGUCAGGACCAUACAUUGUUUACAUGUUGCAAGACCUGGAUAUACUUGAAGACUGGACUGCCAUAAGAAAGGCAAUGGCUUCAAUGGGUCCUCAUAGAGAAGCUCCUUUGAAACCAGAACGACACCAUCAUGUUGCCCGAUCAGAAGAUGGACGCCUGUUCUAUGACAACAAAUGGUACAGCCGGGGUCAGGCCAUAUGUAUCAACAGGAAGGACGAAUACCCCACCAGUGCCACGAUAACCACUAUUAACCACGAUGAGGUUUGGUACAAACGUCUGGAUGGCAGCAAAUCAAAGCUUUACAUCUCUCAGCUCCAGAAAGGCAAAUACACUAUAAAACACUCAUAAAGAUCCUCCUCCGUUCCUCGUUUCACUGGUUCCACGCCGUUCUCUGUUUGUCACCAUAUCGACUCGUUCAUGCUGGAUGGUAUUACAUGCAUGUAUCACAUGUUUGCACUGCCUAAGUUCGAGCUGCUAAACAAACACCUGGUUGCCAAGGAAAAGUGAAAGUGUGUGCCUUGAUGACAAGGAUGAGCCAGUAAAGCCUUGUUCAAAGCAGAAGAGCAGUGAAGCCCAGCUUAUUGGUAUUGCUGAUACUGAACAUAUGACAACUUCCAUGCCUUUAUCAAAUACAGAGUUUGAUUUAUGGAGCAUGUCUCAGUGUUCUGCAAUGAGUUAGUGCCAUGUGUCCUGUUCUGUGUCUGCGAGAUGCAUAAUGUUUUAAACAACAGAACGGUCCAUGAAGUGUUAUUUUUGUACUUGUUCUAAAAAAAAAAAAAAUGGACAACUUGUGAAUUCACUCUAAAAGUCUAUGAAAUGUAUAUAGCAGUAUUUAGGAGAAUGUCUUAGUAGUAUUAACGUAGCAGGGCUUGUGCAAGUCAUGUAUUUGUUUUGUAACGAUUAUUAUUUUCCGUUAAACCAAUCAAAUGUAGCAUAUUUGAUCAAAUAUAUGAUUCAUGUCUGGCUAUAUUUCUGUUAAAUAUUGUAUUUUUUGAUUGCCCAAAAAAGAGAUUUGUGAAAGUCUCUAACAGUUGUACUGAAUGAUGUUGUAUUUUCAGUAUUUAUCAAAUAUUCACAUUUUACAGUGUUUUAGCACUUGAGUGGUUUGUAAUUGUGUAUCGAGUUGCAUGAUUUGACUUAUUUCAUUGAU